AUGUCCUCUUUGUCGAACGGAGGACAAGGACAAGGCGUGGACGCGAAUUGGAAACCGCACCAACCGGUCCAAUCGAAACGCCCUGCCUACCUCCCCGAGGAUACCCCACAUACGAAGAAAUGGCUGGAUUCGGACGCGUCGAAAGCGCCGAUCGAUUGGAUCAACGAAGUUCCACCGAUUGGCGUGAACGCGAGUAAAGUGAACUGCCACUCUCCUGGCGCGUGUAAGGAGAGGUUCGGGGAAGGCGCCGCGCUCGGUGCGCCGGCGACUUUUUACACCUUGGCGGAUACGAGCGUGGAGAAUCCGGCGAAAUGCAAGUAUUGCGGACUGAGGUUUUAUAGUUUAGAAGGGAGUCAUUGA